GUUGAAAUCAGCUGUAGGAAUUAUCGCACGCUAUGCAAGAAGAUUUUCACUUGGUUCAAGUGAGUUUAACAAUAAGAAUACAAAAUUUUUGGAAAAUAUUUAUUCCUCAUUGGGAAACACGAUUUUAAUUAAUCCAUUUUAAUUGAUGGAUAAUGCGAGAUUAGACGCUGUCCCAAAUGUGGAUAUCGAGGAGGGCCAAUUCAAAUACGUCCUUAUCAAAAUCAAAGACAGGGGAAAUUCCGGUGUCUCUGAAAAGACAAUAGUGAGAGGAUACAAGGAUUGCAAGUGGCAUUCUGACAUCUAUGCACGAUGUAGUGCGCAUUGCCAAGCUAUGGGUUUGGAAACUGAAGUCUUGGGCGGCGGUAAAAUCGAACAUGAUCCCUCAACUAAAAAGAUCAAAGUAUUCGGCGAAUCAACGGGUUACGGUAAAGCCGAUCACGAAGAGACGAAAAAAAUUUUGUUAACCAAAUAUCCAGAUUAUACAAUCGAGGUAACUGAGUAAAGUAACUAAAGGUACCUAACAGAAGACCUCACAAAAAAAAAAACAAAGUAAAUAAUCAAAAACGUUGCGAAUUUAACGAGAAAUUUCUGUAAUUAUUUCCAAAUAAAUAUGCUUAAUAAUUAGAAAGUAGUCUUAUUACCAACUCUUCCAACUCAAU